CUGCCAUAGGGGGGUGCUGCCGCUGCCAUUUGUAUGAGUGACGCUGUAGUGACUCCCAUGCACCCACCCAGUGGUUUGUUUUCCCAUAUGAAGCUGCAGUGACUAAAGCUGUCUUGCCUGGGGCAGCGUCUAGGGGGUGAAGCAGCGACAUCCCUUCUCUGGUCCAACCGUUUCCAUGGCCAUCGUCUCCGUGGCCCAGUGCCCGAUAGCCUUGGUGCUCGUUGGUGUGUGGUGCUCUCUGCGCGUGGCCUGAAACAGACACGGGAUAGAGAUGGCAGAGGAGGCUGGGGAUGAGAAGAAGCAGGUGGCAAAGUUUGAGCUGGAGCGGGAGACGGAGCUUCGCUUUGAGGUGGAGGCCUCGCAGACUGUCCAGCUGGAGCUGCUGGCAGGCAUGGCAGAGAUCUUCGGCACCGAGCUGACCCGUAACAAGAAGUUCACUUUCGAUGCUGGUGCCAAGGUGGCCGUGUUCACGUGGCAUGGCUGCACAGUGCAGCUGAGUGGCCGCACUGAAGUGGCUUACAUAUCGAAGGACACACCCAUGCUGCUCUACCUCAACACCCACACAGCCCUGGAGCAGAUGCGGCGGCAAGCAGAGCGCGAGGAUGAGCGGGGGCCCCGGGUCAUGGUGGUGGGGCCCACGGAUGUGGGUAAGUCGACAGUGUGCCGGCUGCUGCUGAACUACGCUGUGCGGCUAGGGCGCCGACCCACCUUCGUGGAGCUGGACGUGGGCCAAGGCUCGGUCUCCAUCCCUGGCACCAUGGGGGCACUGUAUAUCGAGCGGCCUGCUGAUGUAGAGGAGGGCUUCUCUGUCCAGGCCCCCCUUGUCUAUCACUUUGGCUCCACCACUCCAGGCACCAACAUCAAACUCUAUAACAAGAUCACAUCUCGCUUGGCUGACGUCUUUAACCAGCGCUGCGAAGUGAACCGCCGGGCUUCAGUCAGUGGCUGCGUUAUCAACACGUGCGGCUGGGUGAAGGGCUCAGGGUACCACGCCCUGGUGCAUGCCGCCUCAGCCUUUGAGGUGGAUGUGGUGGUAGUGCUGGACCAGGAGCGCCUAUACAAUGAGCUGAAGCGGGACCUGCCCCAUUUUGUGCGCACAGUGCUGCUCCCCAAAUCGGGUGGGGUGGUAGAGCGCUCCAAGGACUUCCGGCGGGAGUGCCGGGAUGACCGCAUCCGUGAGUACUUUUACGGCUUCCGUGGCUGCUUCUACCCCCACGCCUUCGAUGUCAAAUUCUCCGAUGUCAAGAUCUACAAGGUGGGGGCUCCCACCAUCCCUGACUCAUGCCUGCCCCUGGGCAUGUCGCAGGAGGACAACCAGCUCAAGCUUGUGCCAGUGACGCCGGGCCGUGACAUGGUGCACCAUCUGCUGAGCGUCAGCACUGCUGAUGGCAGUGAGGAGAACAUCUCCGAGACUAGCGUGGCUGGCUUCAUCGUCGUCACUGGGGUGGACGUAGAUCGCCAGGUCUUCACAGUGCUGUCACCAGCACCUCGCCCACUGCCCAAGAACUUCCUGCUGAUCAUGGACAUCCGCUUCAUGGACCUUAAGUAGGGACUGCACUGGAACAGAAGAGGUGGAGUCCACCAGGACUAUUGUGUCUCUGUUGUGGACAGCCCUUUUACCAAUUGAAGGGGGUGGAGACUGCCACACAGACUGAAUCAUUUGAAACCAGUGUGGGAAGGGGUAGAGGCUGCUGUCCAGAUCAAACCAUUGGGAGAAACCAAAGUGGGUCAGGUGAGGUUUGCGGAUUAAUUUGUAGACAGAAGCAGGGAGGGAAUGUGGGAUUAAAUGUAACUGUAAAUGGUUCACUGUCUACAUCCUUCUCUAGGUUCCCUUCUCCUCCUUAGAUUUCAGUGACUGAAAUCUGGACCCAUUGUCCCUUUUACACAGCCAGUGCUUUAUGGGUCUCCUUUUGUAGGAGAGGAUCAAUAUUGUUUUAUAUUUUUGUAAUUUUAAUAAACUUCUUGGUAUUUUGCUGGUCUCUGGUGACAGUGGAUGAAUUUUGAGUAACCUACUGCAGUGUGAGAGAGGGAUCUGCAGGGCACGCACACAGGAGGCACUGCUGGGGCUUGGAAAGGGGAAUUUCAAUGUGAUGCCCACAGAGAAACUGGACAGAUUGGAACAGGGCCAUAUGAAGUAUGCUGGGGCACUUCAGCACAGUGGAUCAUCACAGGAGCCAGGCUAAGAACCAACAAUUUCAUUUUCUAGGCCCUUCACCUCUCCUGUGCUAUGGAGAUGUCUGCUCCACAUUGUUGCCAGCUUGGAUCACCAAUUUCUCCAAUAUUCCAACCAAUAACUUCACACUUCCCCUUAACCAUCGAAUGAGCUCCCUAUAAACAUCUUGAGCAUUUCUCCUUCAACUCCCUCCUUAAAGCUCGCCUCUGCUGUAAUGCAUACAGCACCCGUAGCUGGCAUCCCGUGACUGCUCUUUGUGAUCAUUUCCUUGUUUCCCCACCCUUCCUGUCAGUUGUACUCAGCUGAUAGUUAGAGUGGUAGACUUGUUCUGUGUUUAUACAGCACCUAGCCCCUCAUCUAUGACUGGCUGCUACUGCAAUAAAAGUAGACAGUUGUUUUUACUGGGUAUGAAGCAAGGAAUUUGCCACUGGAAGGGAAGACCAUGCCAAGGAACUGCUGCUAGUUGGUGGAACUUCAGGGUAAGAGAGGGGAGAAACAAGUUUGCAAAUACAGAAGGCAGGGAGGAAGAAUGUAAUGCUGGAGACUGCAUAGCAGGAGAGAGAGAGGAAAGGAUUGUGGGAUUUUAAGCACACAGGAGGAAAAGU